AAGGCUUCAAUCCAGGCCCCGCCCACUUGCGUUUCUGCGGAACGAUCACAACUAACAACUAUACAAACUGCAUAGUCGGGACGAGACGGCGCAAAUCUCGAGCGCGAUCAGAGGCGAGGGAGGACACUGACUCAACAAGUGAUGUCUAUGGAUCGCUCUUCCUCCGUGACCUCCAUCUCUUUGCUUGAGAUUAAAGCUGAGAGCCGUCUUGUGCUUCAAGCUUUCCUCCAUCGAGUGCUGUCCGUCCCACCUGUAGAGCGACCUGGCAGAGUUGGAGGGGCUUAUAAGGAUACAAACAAGUACAGUGCUAGCAUCAAGCCAGAACCAAAGGUAAAAGAUGGAUGGGAUUCUCAGGCCGAAGAGCAAAGCUCAGGAGAUGAGAAGAAGACGGGCUUUAAGGGCUUCCUCAAGCAGCUGAACCGCCGUAAUACUGUGCGCUCAUUUACCAAAGAUGGGAAAGGUACUUUAGAAACGGACAGCAAGCCCCAAGCACCAAACAUCAGGGAGCUAUCGGAGGAAGACGUUUGGUCUCCCUCCUCUACGUCCGAAGAUGACGACGGCGGCGAAAAGAAACAGAGCAAAAGACUGAGCAGAAAGAAGAUUAGAAAAAGGCUUUCCAAGAUUUUCAAGAUAAAGCUAGAGAAGGAUAAGGCAAAGGAGAAAGAGAGAGGAAAGGAGAGGGAGGAGAAUGAAGGACAAAAGGAACCCGGAGCUCCACCGCAGAGGCCUUCUACGUUGGUGUUUGACAAAACAGCUGAGCUCAUACCAAUCAUUGUUUCCCCAAAUCACCCUCCUGCUUUCUACUAUGAAGUUGCGGAGAAGCUGGAAAAGAUUGCCCAAAAGUCUGCCAGCCUAAAAAGGCCCAGCUGUAAAGGCAGCGUGAGCCCCCCACCCGCCGCCGCCGCCGCCGCACAGGCUCCAUCGGUUGCGGAUGACAAAGAACUAGUGGUGCAGCAGCUUGUUGAAGUGCUGUCGGCCGAAGCCGAUUCCAUCAACAAUAAGAUCCAGACAGACCCAUUUCUGCGCGCGGGUUUGUCUCGGCUGUCGUACGCAUCCUACGCCAGGCUACUCGACCUUGUCACCAGCACGCAAGAAUCCGACCUCACGUUCCUCCAGCCCAUGUCCAGCCCGACGUCCAGCCCGACGUCGAGCCCGACGUUACGCCGCAUGGCCGUCACCAUGGAGGUGUCGAGGCGGAUCGUGACGGCGACGGGUGUGCAUCGCAUGCAAGGCUACGCAGAAUGCUACAUGGAGACCUUUGCCCCGUGGUUAAAGAGUCAAGGAGGAUGGGAGAAUGUGGUCGAAAUGAAGGAUUCUGUGGAAUACGACUGAAACCCCUUUUUUUUUCCUUCUUCUUCUUCAAUGACAUCAACUGUGCCAUCUUGAGGUUGUCUCGUCGCAUUGUUUUAUUUGAUCAAAAUUAUUGCUGUGAAAGUUUACUCGUCAACUUGGAUUAUCGUCAUCGUUAGUAGUUUGAAUGAGACUGAAGACGGUUGAGGAAUGCAUACGUUACAUAUAUGAGUCACAGUUUAAAAUGAAAAGAUCCUCUGGAAGUCAUAAUGGCGUCGAGUCAAGAAGUUUCAGGGACUAAUGUAGCAAACUUUUUUUUGUGCCAUCAAUUGUUGGGGAAGUUUACGCCGUAUGACGCACACAAACUUUUUCCAACUGCGUCAUUUGGCCAACUUUGUUAAGAGUCAAAUUAAUUAAUUAAUUAAUACUACCUCCAUCAAGCGUGUGGCUAUUUAAAGAUGCCAGUUAACUAAAAGUUCAGUUUACCAUCUGUACAAACACUACUGUAUUAUUAUUUUUUUUCCUGUAUGUUUUUUGGAUUACACAAUGGAUACUGGACUUUGAAAACAUGCCUGGCUGUGCAGCAACGUUUUUAUAUCUUUUUUCCCCCCCUAUUGGUUAGAAAUAAUUGUGAAAAUGUUAUAUAAGUUAUUCUAUAUGUAUGUGUGUCUUCUUUCUAGGAUUUGAAGAUUUUAUCAUUAUCGUUGUUGCUUUGAAUGUUUCAAGGUAAAACUUUCUAAAUACACCAAUUUUCUUUUGUCCACUACAAAUGGAAAUUUAGUUUUUCAAAAAAUACUGAGUGUUGUUUUUAAUUGAUCAUUUAUAUUCAUAUUUACAAUAUUGCAAAAGAGGGAAAGCAGCUAUCAAAGGCUGUCAAGCAAGGCCAGUUUACACGAGCGCCAAAAUCUUUGCUUGCUCAAUGAGCUUUAUUAUAAAAUUGCUGGUUUUGCACUGUACAAAAAUUGAGAGUGGACAAAGGGAAUGUGAUACAAUACAAAACAUUAUCACUUGAUUGUAUGCAAACAAGAUCUUGGUCUG